AUGAGCACCGUGGCGGCGAGUCGAGCGCCAGGUCCUCCCGCCGCUGAGGGAGCUGGAUCCACGGCGCCACCUGCAAAGGAGGCGCCGCCAGCGACACCAGCGCAGAUGGCCGAGAUCCGCCGCCUCGUGCAAAUCAUCGGGCGUCUCUUUUACGAAGAUGGGCACAUUCUGCUGCUAGACCAACUAGUCAGUAUUGCUGUGAUCCCGUCGGACGUGCUGGCACGGCGUGUCGGGCUGCAGGCACGCGAUCUCGGCUCUCUAGCUGCCAAGCUUGUAGAGGAUCGCAUUGUGUCUGUGUAUCGCACGCAGGAGUCGCGUGAGGGGCCGUUCCAGCGCUCGGUCGUGCGCACGUACUACUUUGUCGAUUACAAGCAGUUCCUGGACGUCACCAAGUGGCGCAUGAUGGCCAUGCGCCGCCACAUCGAUACCAAGCUCCGGAACGGUCUUGACAACAAAGGGUAUGUCUGUCCUCGCUGCCGGCGCUCUUACUCGGCACUGGAGGUGGCACACCUGCUCGACAUUAUGCGCAACAUCUUUGUGUGCGAAGUCCCGGGAUGUGGUACGGAACUCGUCGACAACGAGGACGCAGAGGAUGUGCGGAAGUCCAAGGACACGCUCACGCGCUUCAACGAGCAAUUGCAUGUGGUGCAGCAGUCGCUGCGCAGCGUUGAGGGUAUUGCUCUGCCUCCGAUGGACAUCCAUGCAUGGCUAGCGAAGAACAGCGCUGCACCGCCCUGGCAGCAUGAGGCACCUCGCGACGACACAGCGCUCGCACCGGGAGCCAUGCCGCCGCCGCCACCGAAGGCGCCGGCCCUCAAGGUCGAAAUGUCGGGCCAUUCGUCCACCGACACGCAGCAUCAGCAGCAGCAGCGCGCCGAAGAAGAGAAGCGGCAGCGCGCACAAAAUAUUCUCCCGUCGUGGCACCUUGCAUCGACGGUCAGUGGCGAGCGCACUGGCCUGGGGCAUGCCGAAGCCCAGAGGCGCCCAUCCGAGCUCGAGGAUGUGCCGAGUGAGUCGGUGUUGGCGAACGAUGCGCAGGGCGACGAAGACUUGGACUACUAUGCGCGGUACACGGCGCAACUUGACGAGGCAGCAGCUGGCGAGAAACGCGGUGCACUUCCUGACGAGCCUAGCGAUACCAAGCGCGUCAAGGUCGAGCGAGACGCGCCAGACGAGAGCGAAGACGAUAUGGAGGACAUGGAUGAUGUCAUCUAA